UGUUUGAUAUGUCAAAUAAAAUUACAGACAAUGAUAUUCGAGGGAAACAGUCAUUGGAACUCUUUAAAAAUUGGCUAUCUAAGCAUCGUUUCUUGAAAUAUACAGGAACUGAUAGCAUCGAUGACCUUUUGAUGUUUUAUUUGAGAGUCAAAAAAUUCUCAAUGCAGAAAACUUUUGAGAGCUUCGAAUUUACAAUUCCAUUCAUCAACUCACAUUCUGAUCUUUAUUCGAAUCCAGGUCCAGCUGAUUAUGAAUUCACAGUCAAAGCAAAUUCACCAUUAAUAUUUUUGAAAAAUCCUAAUGCUGAAGGACAAAGAAUUUAUAUCUAUAAGAUGAAGAACUUUAAAAAUUUUGAUAAUGUCGAGUAUUUGCGUAGAAAUUUUUUGACGCCACUGCUUUGUAUUUUUGACAUGGAGGCACAACUUAAUGGUGUUGUAGUUGUCAUGGACUAUAGUGAUGUUAAUUUAGGAAAGUUGAUGAAAGUUCCUGUUCCAAUGAUUUACAAUGCGAUGAAAUUGAGCAAAUACGGUGUGAUGCGACUUAAACAACUAAACAUUAUCGGAUUUCCUUCGUUUCUCAAACCAAUUUUUGAAUUUGCGAAAUCUUUUACGUCCGCAAAAAUUCUAGAAAGAAUAAACUUUCUAAAUGAUGUGACGGAGCUACCUAAGUAUAUGGAUGUGUCUGUGCUACCUAAGGAAUAUGGAGGAUCAUCCGUUGAGUUGUUGGAUUACAAAUCAUUUGAGUUGGGUGUAGCUUGUAUUAAUAAAAUUCGUAAGUUUGAUGUGAACUUUAGUAAAAUUCAAGCAUAUGAAAAUGUUGGAAGUUUUAGAAAAUUAGAAAUUGAUUGA